ACCAUAAACCAAUCAGAAUGUGCUCUGUGACGUGAGGCGGAAGUGAAGCAGGUUUGUUUCUGGUAUAGACCGACACAGGUUCCAGCAGCAUGACUUCUCAGGUGAUGAACAACCCGGACGAGAUCGCCAAGCUUUUCCGGGAGCAAAGUCAGUUCCCAUCCCUAAGCCGUGCCGACAUUGGUCCAGGGAUAACGACUCAGUACGGCGGGAAGUACAGCAACAUUUACACAGAAUGGAGUCAGCGGGACCUAGAAAGAAAUGAACAAGUGAAGUUUUGCCGCCAGUACAUUGUGUUUCACGAUGAUCAGUCCGUUGUCUUCUCCGGACCAUCUGGGAACUGCACAGAGAUCAAGGGAGUGCUGUUGAGCAGAGACUCUCCCUCAGGGGACAUGAAAGCUGUGGUCAGAGAAUGCACUAUCAAAGGAGAGGAGAAGCAGUUCCUGGAGAUUUGGCACAAGAACAGCAAGGUGAAGAGUCUCAAUCUCACAGAUCUCAAGAAGCAUGGCAAAGUCUAUGAAGAUGAUCAGUUUGGCUGCCUAGUCUGGUCUCACUCUGAAACUCACCUCCUGUAUGUGGCCGAGAAGAAAAGGCCCAAGGCUGAGUCCUUCUUCAAGACAGAAUCUCCUGAGUCGAGUCCAGUAGGGGAUGAGGAGGAGCGAAUUAAGGUGGGCAAGAAGGAAGAGGCCUUGAAGGGGGAUCAGUUUGUGUAUUAUGAGGACUGGGGAGAGACACUGGUGAACAAGAGCACUCCUGUUCUCUGUGUGCUGGACAUCGAGGGCAGCAAUGUGUCUGUACUGGAGGGCAUUCCAGAGAGCAUUUCUCCUGGCCAGGCAUUCUGGGCUCCCAAUGACACAGGGGUGGUGUUUGUGGGAUGGUGGCAUGAACCCUUUCGGCUAGGACUGAGAUACUGCCCCAACAGAAGGUCCUCCUUGUUUCAUGUGGAUCUGACAAGUGGAAAGUGUGAUCAGUUAUCAGACUCCAGUGCAGUUUCCUCCCCUCGUCUCAGUCCUGACAACUGCAGGAUUGUGUACCUGGAGUGUGGAGUAUAUGGACCCCACCAGCAGUGCAGCCGACUAAGCAUGUAUGACUGGUACACUAAGAAGACUUCAGUCAUUGUAGAUGUGGUGAAAAGGCCAGGGGAAGAUGGCUUCACUGGGAUCUACAGCUCCAUGCUGUCUCCUAUGUGCUGGUCGGCUGACAGCCAGCGGGUCCUCAUCUCCUGCGCCCAGAGGAGCCAUCAGGAACUUAUGGUGGUUGACAUCUCCACAGGCGGUGUCUCAUCACUCACUUCCAAGUCGGACAUGGGGAGCUGGUCACUCCUCACCGUUCACAAGGACCUGAUGGUGGUCAGCUGCUCCUCCCCAAAUUGCCCUCCCAGUCUGAGAGUGGGCUUCCUGCCUGAGAAAGGCCCUGAGGUGCAGGUGAGCUGGGUCACCCUGGAAACGGCUGAGGUGCAGUCUGACAUAGAUUGGAAAGUCCUCACCUUUAAUCCACCCCCAGGGCAGGAGAACGACCAAUACCCUGGUUUGGAUUUUGAAGCCCUGCUGCUGAAACCAAAGGAAUCCAAAGAGGGAGUGAAGCUGCCACUCAUUGUCAUCCCACAUGGUGGUCCUCACUCAGUCAUAACUGCAGACUGGCUCUUGUCCACCGCUGUUUUUUGUAAGAUGGGAUUUGCUCUUCUACUAGUGAAUUACCGUGGCUCUACUGGAUUUGGCCAAGACAGCAUCUACUCUCUACCAGGGAAGGUUGGCACACAAGACGUGCUAGAUGUUCAGUUUGCAGUGGAGUCGGUGCUAAAGCAGGGCUGCUUCGAUGAGCAGAAGGUGGCCAUUUCAGGGGGCUCCCAUGGCGGCUUCCUGGCGUGCCACCUGAUUGGCCAGUUCCCGGACUUCUACAAGGCGUGUAUCGCACGGAAUCCCGUCACCAACCUGACGACCAUGAUUGGCAGCACUGACAUUCCAGACUGGUGCAUGGUAGAAGCAGGGCUGGAUUAUACUCCAGAUGCUCAGCUUGACCCUGCUGCUUACGGGCAGAUGUUUGACAAGUCUCCCAUUAAACACAUCUCUCAGGUGAAGACACCAGUUCUGCUGACACUGGGGGAGGAUGAUAAGCGUGUUCCUCCAAAGCAAGGCAUUGAGUACUACAGAGGCCUAAAGGCUCGCCAAAUCCCAGUGAGGUUACUGUGGUACCAAGGCAAUAACCAUUCACUGUCCACAAUUGCCGCCGAGUCCGACGGGUUCAUGAAUAUUGCUUUGUGGAUCAUCCAGCACUGUGGCCUUAAAUCUGACCAAUAAAUUUGGUCUCGGUGAGCAGCCGUCCAAAAUCACGGUUCUCCUGCUGCCGGUUUCCGUGCAGGGGGAAGCGUGUGAGCGAGAGGUGGAGCACCCUGAUCUCUGACUGUCUCUGGUGGAUGCUUCCUGUUUCUCUCUCCGCCUACACUCACACAUGCCAGAGGAUUCAACCCCAUUAGCACUGACACUACUUUUUAAACCAAAAUAUAUGAAGGGGUCUUGGUAAGGUGCUCAACUUGGUAGGGAUUCUGUGUUCAUUCUUCCAAAUGAAUGUCUUAAAAACUGGAUCCAUAUAACAAUGUAGGUCUAUCUAAUCUGCCAUUCUGUAAUGUCAUUUUUUUUUUUUAUCUCUUCAGUAAUAAAACAUAACGAGUUCCCUAAAGUCUGGCAUAAUUGUAAAAUUUAUGAAGAUGCAUUUUCAGUGCAAUCUAAUGGUUCAGAGUGAAACUAACCAUUGCUUAUAGCAGAUGCCUCCACCCCUGGCACUGCAGAAAAGGCAAAAUGUGUGGUUGUCUCGAGUGUUUUAUAAAUGGGUUCUGAGAUGCUCUGGCUUUUGGUACUCUCUGUGAAGCGUAUUAUCUGGAUUCUUUCAAUAAAAUGUUUGUUUAUGA